AUGAGUUUCGACUUAGCUGCUAUUAAACAAAACACUAUUCCUAUCGAAGUCGAAGGAUAUAAAUACACUUAUGGUACUGCUGGUUUUAGAACAAAGGCCGACGUGUUAGGUUCCGUAAUGUAUAAAGUUGCCAUCUUGGCUACUUUACGUUCAAAGAAGCUUCAAGGAGCCACUAUUGGUGUGAUGAUCACUGCUUCUCAUAAUCCUGAAGAAGACAAUGGUGUCAAACUUGUUGACCCUCGUGGUGAGAUGCUCGAGCAGUCUUGGGAAGUAUAUGCUACUAAGCUUGCUAAUGCUGUCUCUGGUGAUAACUUGGUCGAGGUUAUUAAUGAAAUCAUUGCUAUCAACAAGAUCGAUUUAGAAACACCUGCUGCUGUUAUUUAUGCACAUGAUACAAGACCUAGUUGCCCUCAACUGGUCAAAUGUCUCGAGAAUGGCCUUCAAGCUGCAGGCGCAAAGAUGACCAACUUUGGCUUAAAGACAACACCCAUGCUUCAUUAUCUCGUUCGAUGCAUCAACACACAGGGCACAAGUGACGCUUAUGGAGAGCCAACAGAGGAAGGAUACUAUAAGAAAUUGGCAAAUGCAUACAUUGCUGCUGUCAAAGGAAAGGCGCGUUUAUCUACCUUACACGUGGACUGUGCUAAUGGUGUUGGUGCUCCCAAGCUUCGUGAAUUUACUAAGUAUAUCCCAUCUGAUAUCUUGGCCGUCGAUAUCGUAAACGAUCAAAUUACUGCUCUCGGCCAACUCAAUAAGAACUGUGGUGCCGAUUUUGUAAAGACACAACAACGUGCCCCUGGCGGUACAACCAUUGCUGCUGGUGACAGAUGCUGCUCCUUUGACGGUGAUGCUGACCGUAUCGUUUUUUAUUAUGUUGCUUCUGAUGGCACAUUCAAGCUUUUGGACGGUGACAAGAUUGCUGGUCUUGCUGCUCACUUUAUCUCAAACCUUCUUAAUGAAGCCGGUAUAGACUCCAUCAAGGUGGGUGUCGUACAAACAGCUUAUGCCAAUGGUAGCUCGACCAACUACCUCACUAAAGUUUUGAAAGUGCCUGUUUCAUGCGUAUCUACUGGUGUUAAGCAUCUUCAUCAUGAAGCUGAAAAAUAUGAUAUCGGUGUUUACUUUGAAGCCAAUGGACACGGUACUGUCCUCUUUAGUCCUGAUGCCCUGAGCACAAUUAAUACUGCUGAAGCUGAAUCACCAGCCCAAAACCAAGCUAUUACACAGCUUAGAGCUUUAACAGAACUUAUCAACCAGACAGUUGGAGAUGCCAUUUCUGACAUGCUCUUGGUCGAAGCUAUUCUCACUAACCUUCAAUGGAGCUUAGAAGAAUGGGAUCAGGCAUACACCGACCUUCCCAACCGUCUUGUUAAAGUAGUUGUUUCAGACAGACACAUCUUCAAGACAACCAAUGCUGAACGUCAGUUGGUUGAACCUGCGGGACUUCAAGCCGAGAUCGAUGCUCUUGUCGCUAAAUAUGCCAAUGGUCGUUCAUUUGUUCGUGCAUCUGGUACAGAGGAUGCUGUCAGAGUCUAUGCUGAAGCUGCUACACGAGCUGAAACAGACGAUCUUGCCUUCAAGGUAGCCCAACUUGUCUAUGACCGUGCUGGUGGUGUUGGUACACGUCCUUAG